ACCCCCGUCUGCGCAGAACUAGGAGAUCCAUCUCUCGAUCUGAGCCGCGUAAAACCCUAGCCGUCUCCAAAUCAGUCACCCGCCACCGCCGCCACCUCCAUGGACACUUCCCUGGCUGCCGCCGCUGUCACCGCAGAGGCCUCCGCCCCCGCCGCCGCAUCAACGGAACCUUCCGCGGCUCCUGAUGCCUCCCCCGCAGCCUCCUCCUCCUCCGCUGCCGGCGCCGGCGCCGAAGACCUCGCGGGGGGCGUGGCGGCAUUGAGCCUGGACGAGCGGUUCGACUUGCUGAUGAGCAUAGGCGAGGAGUGCAUUCAGCCCGACGAGCUUAAGCGGCUGCUGCAGAACAAGCCCGUCCCUAUCUGCUACGACGGGUUCGAGCCCUCCGGCCGCAUGCACAUUGCCCAGGGUGUUGUGAAGACAAUUAAUGUUAACAAGAUGAUCAGAGCGGGAUGCAAAGUGAAAAUCUGGAUAGCAGACUGGUUUGCACAGCUAAACAACAAAAUGGGUGGCGAUCUGAAAAAAAUCCAGACUGUCGGGCGCUACAUGAUUGAAAUAUGGAAAGCAGCUGGUAUGAACCUUGAUGGCGUUGAAUUCUUAUGGUCUUCAGAGGAAAUUAAUAGGCGUGCAAAUGAAUACUGGCCACUUGUAAUGGACAUUGGCAGGAAAAAUAAUAUCAAAAGAAUAACGAGGUGUUGUACGAUUAUGGGUCGCUCUGACAAUGAGGAAUUGACUGCUGCACAGAUCUUCUAUCCUUGCAUGCAGUGUGCUGAUAUAUUCUUCCUGAAGGCUGACAUAUGCCAGUUGGGUAUGGACCAAAGGAAGGUUAACAUGUUAGCAAGGGAAUAUUGCGAUGACAUCAAAAGGAAAAACAAGCCAAUUAUUCUGUCACAUCAUAUGCUCCCCGGUUUCAAAGAAGGCCAGGAGAAGAUGUCAAAGAGUGAUCCAACAUCGGCUAUCUUUAUGGAAGAUGAUGAGGCUCAGGUAAAUUUGAAGAUAAAGCAAGCUUUCUGUCCUCCGAAAAUUGUUGAUAAAAAUCCGUGCCUGGAGUACAUCCAGUACAUCGUUUUCCCUUGGUUUGACAAGUUUGAGGUUGUCCGCAAAGAAAACAAUGGCGGUAACAAGACAUUUUUAACCAUGGAUGAACUUGUUGCUGAUUAUGAAGCGGGUGAUUUGCAUCCUGCCGACGUUAAACCUGCUUUGGCGAAAGCGAUCAAUGAAAUAUUGAAGCCUGUUCGUGACCACUUCAACAGCAGCAGUGAAGCCAAAAUUCUCCUCAAUACUGUUAAGAAGUACAGGGUAAGCAAUUGAGGAGCAAAUACCUUCCUGGUAACUACAUGGACACCCAACCGACAAUGGAAGCAUACACAUUUUGGGUGGCAGAGUUUCUUGGGCACAAUUUUUGGCAUACUAAUACCUCUAUUGCUGAUAUGCAUCAGAAACUGUCGUGAUUAUGUUGAUCAGUGUACAAUAUCUUUGCGUGUCACCUUCAAUUGAGAAGUUAAGACGCUUGGCGUGACAUUUUAGCUAACAUUAAGUUAAACGCAUUAAAUCAGGCGACUGAUUUUGUCA